AGAAGAAGCUCCGGAGAGAGGUUUACGAUAAAAUGUAUAUAGAUUAACCGCAAAGAGGGGAACAACUACCUCAAAGAUUUAUCUUUUGUGAAUCCCACCAAACGGAAGUAAAGUGUGUAGCAUUGGAGUGCUACCGGACGUGAAGAUGAACCACUGCUAUGCUAAGAUGGCGACGUCCAGUCAAACAGAAUCAGCGCCACCAACUCCCGGAAAAUCAACGGAGGAAAAUCCCCAAACUACAUACAACGACGUCCAGCAGCUAGCUGGUCAGCAAGCACAAUGCCUCCCUCAGCUGCAGGGGCGGAACUCCACUUUGAAGCAGGAGGAUCCACAGCCCACCCGUGUUAAAGAGGAAGAGGAGGAGCCACAGUGUCCCCACAUUAAGGAGGAAGAGGAAGUACUCUUGAUCACUCAGGAGAGAGAGUGUCUUCUAGAACCAAAGGAGGAUGAUCUCACCAAGUUACCACUGACUGGUGUCUCUGUGAAGACCGAAGCGCAUGAAGACAAACCACCUGAGUCCUUACGUUGGUCGUGUCCUUCAGUCCAGCAGCUGAUUGGUCACCAAGAACAACAUCCCCCUCAGCGACAGAGCGAGAGCUCCACUUUGAAGCUGGAAGAUCCACAGCCCGCACAUGUUAAAGAAGAAGAGGAGGCGCAACAGUUCCCCCACAUUAAGGAGGAGAAGUAUCUUCUUGCGCCAGAGGAGGCUGAUAGCUCCAAGUUGCUGCUGACUGGUGUCUCUGUGAAGACUGAAGACCAUGAAGACAAACCACCUGAGUCCUCACAGCUUCAUCACAAUGAGGAGAACAAAGGCAGCAGCAGCAUCUCACCACAACACAUGACAACAGAAGCUGAUGGAGACCACUGUGGAGGAUCCCAAGCAGACCACCUCUUAGCUCCGCUAUCAGAUAGCGAUGACGUAACAUCUCACUCUACUGAGGAUGAAGACAGGGACUACAUGAGGACUGACGCUGACAACAAACACUCAGAAUGCCCUAAAGAGAAGGCCGGUAAAAAAAAUGUGACUUGCUCGAUUUGUGCUAAGACAUUUACAAAAAAGUCCACUUUGACCCAGCACACACAAAGUAUACACGAAGGUCAGAAACCUUUUAGUUGUGCCGUUUGUGACAAGCGAUUCUCUCGAAAGUUCGACAUGUUAUCACACAUGAAAAUACACACAGGAGCAUUGAGCUGCUCGGUUUGCGGUAAAAGCUUAUCUUGUCAGCGUACUUUAAAUCAACACAUGCUGACACACACGGAUGAGACACCACUCGAUUGUUCUGUUUGCGGUCAAGUGUUACUUGGAAAGUCACAAAUGGUAUCGCACAUGAGAACACACCGAGGAGAAAAACACUUUAGUUGCUCAAUUUGUGGCAGGAACUACUCUUGUAGGAGUAGUUUGACGUAUCACAUGCUGACACACACGGGUGAGAAACCUAUUAGUUGUUCUGUUUGCGGUAAAGGAUUUCCUAAAAAGUCCAAAAUGCUUUUACACAUGAGGAAACACACAGGAGAAAAACCAUUCAGUUGCUCAAUUUGCGGUAGGGACUAUUCUUCUAAGAAUAGUUUGGCAUAUCACAUGAUGACGCAUAAAGAAGAAAAACCUUUCAGUUGUUCUGUUUGCGGUCAAGGUUUUCUUACAAAGUCGCAUAUGGUAUCACACAGGAGAAAGCACACUGGAGAAAAAGCCUUUAGUUGCUCAAUUUGCGGUAGAAACUAUUCUUCUAAGAAUAGUAUGGAAUAUCACAUGAUGACGCACACAGAAGAAAAACCGUUUAGUUGCUCUGUUUGCGGUAAAGGUUUUCUAAAACAGUCACACAUGGCAUCGCACCUGAGAAAGCACACAGGAGAAAAACCCUUUAGUUGCUCAGUUUGUAAUAGGAACUACACAUGUCAGAAAGGUUUGAGGUAUCACAUGACGACGCACAAGGACAAGAAACCGUUUAGUUGUUCUGUUUGUGGUAAAGGAUUUCCUAAAAAGUCACACAUGGUAUCGCACAUGAGAAAGCACACCGGAGAAAAACCCUUUAGUUGCUCGGUUUGCUCUAAAAGCUUUUCUUUUAACCAUUCUUUAAGUCGACACAUGCUGACGCACACUCGAGGGAAACCUUUUCGUUGUGAGGUUUGUGACAAAGGAUUUUCUCAAAAGUCACAGAUGGUAUCGCACAUGACAAGACACACGCAAAUACGAGUCAAAGUGUAAUGGGCCCGUGUUAUGCAUAUAAUAAUAUGAAUAAUAUGACGGGGCCGAGUGCUCUUGUGAUUGGGAUAAGGGUUCUAAGGGAUGCCAUCGAUGAUGAUGCAAUAAUUAUUCCACUUUAGAGUUAAGCUGCUACUUGACUCAGGAGGUAGAGCAGGUUGUCCACAAACUGGCAGCCAUGUUUCCGUCAGUCUAACCCCAGGGCACUUGUAACUACAGGUGUACAUUACCACUCACUACCAGUGUGCGACUGAAGAGUGAAUGAAUAAUGGCUUAAUUUCAUUGUGAAGCGCUUUGGGUGCCUUGAAAAGUGAUAUAAAAUCUAAUCUCUUAUUAUAAUAACAAUAAUUAUAAUAAUAAUAACUAGGUUUGAGCUUCACAGAGCAUAAAAACAGACAUACAACAGAGCAGUAGAAAGAAUGGAUAAGUAAAUAGUGAAAUGACACCCCUGUACACAUGUACAACAGCUGUAAAUACUUUGAUUUGAAUUACCUUGUAUAUAUUACUUUGUAUUACCUUGAUUUUGCACUUUUGUUUCUGUAAACCUGGUAUUUCCUCUUGUGGGACGAAUAAA